AUGAUUUCGAAUUUAAAUUACUUUUCUUCUGAUAUGUCUCUUAGUAACCCUGAUAUUCAAAAUCAAAUGAUAACAGAUUAGGAUGACUUUGAAUACGAAAAUAACAAGGAGAAUUUUUUUAACAAUCAGUAUUCGAAUAUUCAAUAAUACUCUUCUACAAAUUCUAGUCUACGCAGUUCUCCAAUCAAUUUACGUCGCAGCAGCAGCAACCGUAAUACUAAUAACAAUAAUACCACUGAAAGAAUACCUCUUUAAGACUUAACUGAAUCAGAAGAGACUUACUAAACAUCAAUGAGCAAUGCAUAAGCUUUUUUAGCUUAAUAAGAAAACCAAUUCUUUUAAUACAGACAAUAACAAAAGAAUUCUUUCAACAAUUAGCCUUAAGGCAAUAACAUAAAUCAAUAAAAAGUAACAAGGGCCAACCUUUUGAGAUGA